UGAGGCUUGCCCAGCGCAGAGUCGCUGCGCACAAACGCCAUCGUACUGCCUUCUGUCCUCUAUCCUACUCAGCUGUUUUACUUUCUCCCAUUAUUGCCCCAAUUCUACGAACGGUCAUGAUUAUCGAAGACAUGGCGUCCUCUCAGACGACCCUCCACGACCCACCAGAGUACCCAGGCGAUGCCAAGUCCGGAUCCUUGCGACACGGCCACAGCUACAGCAUGUCCACCGCCAAACUACUACCAGACGAAGAAGCGGGCCACAAAGCUGCAGGACCAUCUGAUGCGGCCUACGACGCGUCGUACAGGGAACCGUACAACGAAGCAGCGUACAACCCAUCAUACAGACCCGCCUUUCCGGAGGCCGAGGCGGAUUACUCGUAUAAUCCGGGCGCGUACGCGACGGACGCCAUUGACGACAAGCAGGAGAUUCCAUACGCGAAGACACCUGAACAGUACGGCAUGCGCAACUACCAGAAUAUGGGCUACGAUGAACCCCUCCCCAAACCUCCCCGAGAGCGACCGAAUACUUUCAAGCGGAUCUUCGGACUGUACCCUCUUGAAGACAGGAUCGCUGACAAGAAGGCCGGCCGAGGUGUUCAGAGGCGACCAUACAUCGUCUGGCUCCUUACGCUGAUAAUGCUCGCCGUGCUGAUAUAUGAGCUUGUGGUGAAUCAGAAGGCCCAAGGCACACCGGUGUCGUUCCACCCAACGGUCAACCCAAUGUUGGGGCCUUCGGAAAGCGCACUGAUCAACGUCGGCGCACGUUUUCCUGCCUGUAUGAAGAAUGUCUCAUCGAUACCAUUGACCACUGAGUUUGCAUGUUUGAAUGACACGGCGAACCCGGUUACUGAGGCGUGCCCACUGGAGAACAUCUGUGGCUUCGGCGGCUUCCACGACGAAACACCUAAUCAAUGGUUCCGCUUCAUCACGCCCGUGUUCCUGCACGCCGGGAUCGUUCACUUCCUAUUGAAUAUGUUGGCGCAGCUGACUGUUUCUGCCCAAGUUGAGCGAGAGAUGGGGUCUCCCUUCUUCCUCGUUCUAUACAUGGCUGCAGGAAUCUUUGGUAAUGUUCUCGGAGGGAACUUCGCUCUCGUUGGCGUUCCGUCCGUUGGUGCCAGUGGUGCCAUCUUCGGCACGACUGCUGUUGCAUGGAUAGAUCUGUUCGCGCACUGGCGGUACCAAUACCAGCCGGGGAAAAAGCUCGCGUGGAUGAUCGCGGAGUUAAUUAUCGGUAUUGCUCUUGGUUUCAUCCCAUUCGUCGAUAAUUUUGCGCAUCUUGGAGGAUUGCUCAUGGGUUUGCUUGUGGGAAUGGCCUUCUACCCCAUUAUCAGCCCGUCGCUCAGGCAUCGAUCAAUCGUCCUCGGUCUCCGCCUGGGUGCGGUGGCUCUGGGCCUUGUCCUCUACAUCGUGCUCAUCCACAAUUUCUACACCUCAAAUCCAUACGCAGCUUGCUCAUGGUGUCGAUAUCUGUCUUGCAUCCCGACUUCCUCGAACAAUUAUUGCAAAGGGACCGGGCUGUCCACUUCGUCAGCCUUCUAAUAUGAGUGCCGCGUGCAGAUGUUUUACGUUUGCCGAUCUAUUACAUUUACCUCUCGGAGCUGGCCGCCACAUUGUCUUUACAUGAUACCAACGUCACUGAUCGGACUACAAUCGGACGGAACACAAGGACUUUAUAUAUUAUCCUCCGUUUUGUGUACCUAUGCUCGCACUCCUUUUCCUGACUCAAUGCUAUCAGCGCUUGGACGCUUCCUUCCGUAC